GAACAAAAGAAAAUACAUUGUAUAAUGUGAAUAUAAAACAUUUAGGUUGUGAUGAUAAGUGACUACUAAUAGUGUAUAGUUAAAAUUAAAAAUUGCAAGGUCAACCAAAUAAAUUUACGAUAUCUUCGAGUGACAAUUCAAAAUAUUCUUCUAGUAAAUAAUCGAAUGUUUGGAAUAUUCACAGAUAAAUAACAGUAGGCCAGAAGACGAUUUAAUGUAGUUCAGUCGGUCAAUGAGUAAAACAGAAUGAAGUUCAGUCUAAUUUUUUUUGGUCAUUUAGUGCUCACGCUGAUUUGUUAUGGAAAUGCUUCAAGCAUUUUAUUUCUUGAAGCCAUAUGCUGCUACAGUCACUACACAUUGGGAUGGAGCAUUGCAAGCGAACUUGCGUCAAGAGGUCACCAAGUAACUCUGGUAGCUGCUUACAAACAGCAAGACACACACACCAAUUUAAAACAGAUUGUUAUCAACACAUGCACAACUUGGCAAGGUGCCCCGCACGGUGAGGAAGCUCUGUUUUUGUUAUACGUAUUAAUGACAUCCUGUGAGACGUAUAUAGUCUCUUUGGCGGAUAACGGGAUGACAUGUCUUCAGCAGCAUCCUAGGGAAGAGCAGGAGUUUUCCAGAAGCUAUGGACUGAUGGGAAGUUAUUUGAGUAGAAACAUAUUUACCAUCUACUCGUACCGUCUAGUUAAACAAAAGUUGAAAUAA